GUUUGGAAAUAUAAGUUUUUUAGAAGUUCUUCAGGAGUACCCUCAAGAUUUUUGAUGUAUUCUAUAACAAGCGUAGUACGCUAUGUACAUUUGCCGCCAGUAAUGCAUGGCAAACGUUAGUCAUACGCCCCUUUUCUUGAUGUCGAUAAUUUUGUGUGUAAGAUGUGACAAUUACACAUUAUUAUGUUGUGUUCACUGUCAUGCUCUCAUCAAGCUCUCCAGUUUUUACUUCCAUCAUAUAUCUCCUUCAAGAUUAAAUAUAAAUUUGUAGUUUUCAAUGAAGCAAAAUAAAGAGAAAGGCAGAAAAGUGUUCAUGCACAGUUCAUUGGCAUCAGAUAGUGGGCCUCGCCCAGUUGUCAAAGUUAAAAAACAUUUUGAAGCUGUGCUGGGAGGCAACUGUAAGAGGUCUCAGAAUGAUGCAUUCAAACAACCAGUUCUUGUUAAUAAGCUACCAAGCUUCGUUGCAAAUGAUUUAGAAGUGCAAGAAGAAUAUCAGCAGCAGCUUCCAAGUUAUAGACCACAGGACACCAAAAGGAAAUGGAAAACAACUGUGGUCCUGAAUUCUAGGCUAGACUUCAUGAACAAAACUAAAACCAAAUCAGGAUCAGUUAAUACUAAAACACCACCCACAACAUCAAAAAGCAAACAGAAUGUUAGAAAAGAAGACUGCAAAAGACAGAUGAAAUCCCACAUUGUGUCUACAAAUGCAACAUCAUCCGUGAUUGGUUCUUCAAGUGCUGUACAAGAAAACUUGAACUACUUUGUAGUUCAGCCAUCUGGUGCUCACCUGCAAUUUGGUGCAACCGAAGAUAAACGAUCUUGUCUCUCAGACACUUAUGGAAAUAAAGUUUCAUUUCCAGUCAGUAUGAAUUGUGUAACUUCUGAAAUAAAAUCAGACAUCACUCCGACUUGGACUUCUACAACAAUGUGCAGUCUGUUACAGAAACCAUAUGAAUACUCAUUGUAUACAAACAAUGCUUCCAUAGGUAAUAAGGGUGUUAAUUUAAGAUCAAGUGUCAAUGAAAAUUCUGAUAUUUCAGGACAUAAAUAUUUAUCCAUCAUUAGUAAGUCAGAAUUAUUUCCUGAGAUGAACAAAGUAAAAUCAUAUGAAGUCUCUAAAUAUAGAGAAACAGAUGUUAAGAAGCCAAAUGACAAGAAGACUGAAAAUCCUGGCAUGAUGCAACAUAUUUCAAAAGCAGAUAUAUUAGAAAGUGGAAGUUCACUGAAUGCUGAGGAACGAACAAAAAUGGUGAGAGAAAUUCAAUUAGAACUUGUCAAAUGGAGACAGAAACAGAGUAAUGCCCAGGCAUUUCAGCACAGUGGUAAGAUACAUGUACCAGUCCUAAGGGAAGGAGAAGUUGAUUCUGAGCAAUUGCAUCAGUAUAUAGCAGCGUCUGAUAAUCUCACAGCCAACACUUCCAAACCUGAUCUUCAUUGGAAGCAAGAACCAAUAACAAAUAUCAACGAUGGCAAUUCACUAGGAAGCCUAUAUCAUCAAUUUCCAUCAGUCACAGAAGAUCCUGACUCAACAAUGGAAAUUUCACCACCCCAGCAACAAUCGUCAGAGACCCGUCUCGCUGCCGCAAUGAGAGGCGGAGAUACAAAAUGGCCGUAUGUAGCGCGAACUGGAGGAAUGCGGAGUGACCUAAACAAGGAACAUGAAGGUUUUGACUGCAGUCAUGUAUCCCUUGGAGCUGUUCCUAAGAAUUCAGCAAAUGCAUUCAAGAGCUGUCCUUCAAAACCUGAGAAUGCAAAACCCUUCAAAGUUUCAGAUCGUCCAGAAAGCUUGGAUUCUACAAAUGCAAAUGAUUUCUCUUCAUUGGACCUUGGCAGAUCUAUGUUUGCCUCAGAAGAUCAUACACAGAUUCUCAUGCAAGCAGAUAAUCUCCUUAAAACCACAAAACAUCAAUUGCUUGAUCUGCAGAUGACUAUGUCAUUUGAAGGAAAACAAUUUAGAGUUGAAAAUAGAUUAUCUGAAUUGUCACUUUCCAGUGAUGACAACAUACAUCAUGGAGGAGAUCUGACCCCUGCUGUUGUUCAAGGAACUCAGUCAGACCCCAAGACACAUGUUCAGUCAGGCCCAUUGUCUUCCAGUAAACAGAAGAAACCGAAAGAAUUUCAUCCAAAAGAGUUUAUAAAUAAGAAAAGCAUUCCAGUACAGAAUAAGACAAGAAAGAUGCCCAGGAGCUUUACAGAACAGCCACAUAUUACUAAUAACCAUCCAAGCAACAGUGAUAUCCUGAAUGAAAUGCAUAGAACACAAGCCAGUCUGCAGGGGGGUCUGAGUACAGCAAAAGGGGUAUCUGCUCAUUUGGAGGUUAUGGCAGGAAGAGAAGGCAAAAAAAUACAGUUCCAUAAAUCAGGAAUAGAAUCUGGGAAACCCAAUAAAUUGAAGUUCAAAAGAAGACAGGGUGAAUCUCUGGAACAAAUUGAUAAUGGCAUACAUUUAACUUCACACACACCCAGUAUUCAGGUACCUGGAGGUGUGUCACAGAGUUUGGCAAAUGACCAAAUUGUUGACAUAACAAAUGAUGCAAGCAUUCCUAAGUUCUCUCUGAGCUCUGAGCAUUCUUAUGUAGGAACUUCAGAUGUACAUGUAUGCACAAAUCAGUUGUCCAAGUCUCUGUUGCAGAAUAUCCAUUCACAGACAGCUGUGGAAUCACAAGUGAAGAGAAGGCAAAGGAAACUGGUAUCUGAACACUCAGCUACUUUUAGAAAUACUGACACAAAAGUAUUGAAACCUUCUUACCAUAAUGAAAAUAUUUCUAGCCAUCAUACAAAUGUAUGCAAUUGUGAUGUAAGUAAGGUGCCUACAAACCUUUGUAAUUCAGCAGUCAUAAACUUGAAAGAUUCGUUUCCUUCAGAGGAGAACGUAAGAAAUGGAGACCCACAACUGGGUACGAGGUUAGUAGUUCAAGCAUUGCCUAGUUUAACAAUCAAGCGAAAUCUGUCAAUUCAGAAAGCUCCUAGUGUUUUGAUUCCACCCCCUGAUGCCCAGCCAUAUGUGCCACCACGACAGAACGUUGGAUUAUGUGAAAUAUCACACAGUAACAUACUGCUGGACUUAUGUGACCGUACCUCAGAGUUAUGUGAUCAUAAGAAAAGAGCUGAUAAGAAAGGUUUAAAAGCUGAACGCAGAAAACUGGAAGAAACUAGAAAAAACACUCAUCAGAGACAUGGAAUGUACAAAGGUUCACGUGCUUCAUCUGAAUUAGACAAGAGGGAUAGAGUGUCAAAAGAGCGUAUUCAUAAGAACUUAGAGUUCCAAGCAGUUCAAGCAGUGAGUUCAAGAAGUGGGAAAUGUAAUGAAUGUGAAGGCUAUUUCCUCACAGAUGAAAUGAAAUGUGGACAUUGUGUCACAUGCUAUAGUAAAUGUCAUAAUAUCUUGAAGAAGUUGCCAACAGAAAAUGAAUCUCACAAAACAAAACCUCCUAGGUGUUCGAGUGGAAGCCUGGUGGAGCCAGCAUCUACAGAACAGUAUCAAUUUCUGUGCAAGAGAUGUGGAAAUAAUUUUCCAUUAAGUGAUUUAUUUUAUGGAGUAUGUGGCAAAUGCUGUAAUAUUCCAUCCUCAGUUCAUGAUGCAAAUCAGCUGAUGCAUGGUUCAACAUCUGAUGCAGUAAAAGCCGCAGCUCAUCUGACACCGUGCAGUUCCUGUUUCAAGCAUUUCCCACAGUCUGAAUUGUUUUAUGGCCAUUGCAUUCAUUGUCAAAUUGUGAAAAAAGAAAUGCGCUUAUUGCAGUGUAAAGUAUGUCUGAAUAGUGUUAUAAGCACUGAAUAUAGUAAUGGAACUUGUAAUCAAUGUUGUGACAAGAUUAAAUCCGACACACAGAAAGAUAAGUUAUGUGUACUUGUACAUCCAUCUCAUCAAGGGCCUGCAAAGGAUAGAAUCUUAAAUACAGUACUUGAUGGAAUGCCAAUAUUUUUUGAUAUCAGCAAGGCACAAUGCCUAAAUGAAAAUCUUUCUACUGGAGAAAAUACAUCAGUUCAAAAUAAGAAAGAAAACUGUCCUUUGCCUGGAGCAAAUAAGAAGAGAGAGAGUUGCACUGUCCUAGGAACCACAGUAAAAUCAACAGAUUUUGUUGCAGAUGACACAACCAGAAAGAAUAGAGGGAUAAAUUCCAAAGUACAUUUUGAAAUAGAAGAAUAUUUAAAUGAUAAUGAAAACAAGUCAAUUAAAGAACCUUUAGGUGUACCAAAACAAACUGAGAGAAAGGCAAUCAAAUUGCAAGAGACUCCAUCAGAGGAACUGGAAUCCAGGGACUAUCAUAAAUCCUGUGCCAUGAUAAGAACAGCUGAUAAGCACCGAACAACAUUAUAUUCUGGGGCAAAAGAUGGAGAACAUUUAUCUUUUCAUACACAAAAUAGUGACAAAGAAGAUACUUCCAGUGAUAGUAAUGGGUGUAGUCACAUGAAAGAGCAAGCAGCAUAUGACAGUGUUAGCAAUGAUGAUGGAGGUAAUGCUACUAAUGAUAGUAGUGGUUAUGAACAGGAUACAGAGAGUGGCAACAAAAGUGCUGACACAGAAGUUGAAGUUUCUGAAGAUAUUGGAGGAUAUUCAAGAACAUACCCAUCUGCUUUUAAAUUAAAUGAAACACAGAACCAUAUACUUAAGGUAGCUGCAGUUGAGGCAGCAGCUGAAAAUUUGGUAAAAGAAAACCCAAAGUGGGUUCAGACAGAAUAUGGAUCACACUUACAAAUUAUUAACACUGUGCUGCAUCAUCAGUUAGGUAAAAAUAAUAGAGAUGAGAGUGGGAGUGAUUCAAAUGAUCUGUCACGACCUCUCUCCAAGAUACUUGAACCAGGAGAUGAAACAGAUGAAUCAUCAAGUAGGGUUUAUAGUGAUAAUUAUGAUGAUAUAUCUGAAUCGAUAUCUGAUAAAAAUGUAAGAGUCAAGAUUGGUAGCAGAGAUGAGAGCCUUGACCAUGGUAGCAUUUUCAAAAAUGCACCUUCUAAAACUAGACAACAUCAUAAAUACCUAUUUGAUUAUCAUUCUGAGAAUCUUCAGGCAGCAGACAAGUCUAAGUCCAGCACUUCUAAAUCCAAGCAACAUGCUACAACCAUAAGGAAAGUCACUUGUACCCAUUGUAAUUGGCAGCAUGGAACAGAAUCUCGUUUUGACACAGGAGUUGUUGAUGACAGCACAAGACACAGUACUCGCGAAUAUCCCCGACAUUGCUUGGACGGUAAUUAUAUUAGGGGAAAACCUCCUCAGACUCAGAAAGUUGCAAAUGUUAACAAACAGAAGCAGUCUCAAGGAGCAACUGCUGUCUCUGAGAAGUCUUCUGGAUGCAAGAUGAAUUCUAAGGAUAAUAAUGAUGAGGAGAAACAUUAUGAAGUGAUUGUGACCAAAAUGGAAGAUGAACUUCUUAAAGACUUGCUUGAACAAGUUGGAGAGGAAGCUGACAAGAAUAUGAGUCCAGUGCCUUUUGUGCCAUCAACAGCUGAACCCAAGGUAGGAGAAACAUCAUUGGCAGAUAACAUAAGUGUGAAUGAAGAUGAUUAUGUUUAUGAGGAUGACUGGGAGGAGGAACCAGAGAAAAAGGAUUCUGAAGAGGAGAGAAAAGGGAUGGAUGAUGAGUCACAAUCAAGUAAAAAAAUUCCAAAUGUAUCAGGAACAGAUUCAGAAGACAUAGCAAGGUCUGCUGAUGAAGCUGCCUUGUCUCUGCAGCCACCAGAGCUACUGCUGGAGCAGCCAUGCCAUUCUCCCUGUACAAAUAUCACAGAUCCAACUGAAACAAGUGAAAAGACUACACCACAUAGGGCUAUGUCUCAGACACCUACUGUCUGUCCUGUGAAGGCUUCUAACAAGGAACAUUACCAGAAAUUUUUGUACAUUGAUCAUGAAAUUUCAUCUCUUAAUAUUCUACCUUUUAAAUCUGUGGAUAAAGGAUCAUCACCCAUUGACAUUCUAACUGAGAAUCCUAUGGGAAGAGGGACAUCUUCUAAUGAUUCUGUGGAACAUAUACACAAAUCAUCAUCAUCAUCUAUUAGCGUUCCAGAAAAAACAUGUGUAGACGGAGAUUCAUCUCCUGUUAAUGUUCCAUCCACCAUUACUAUUCCAAGUGAGAAAUCCCUAAAUAAAAGUACUUCACCUGUAAUUUUUCUGUCUCCAAUGUCUGCAGUACCUCCACAUAAAGCUAACUGCACCGAUACCAAUAUAUGUGGUGUCCAAGUUGCAAACAAAUUGAAUGGAACAGCUCUGCACAAGACAGAGGUUGCUAGAAGUAUCACUAACAUGCAGUCCAUGGGACAGCAAACAACAUUACCUGAACAAACCGGAACAAUAGAUGGUGUGUCCAAAAUACAUCCUGAAAGGCAACAUUCUGCGGAAAAUAAAGUUGAACCACUGGACACUGUGCUUCCAGCAAACGGCAUUAAAAGGACAGACACUGAAACUCAAACAGACACUGUUGCAGAACUCACAGGACUCCACAGUGAAAAGAAAGAGAAAAUAAAGGAAAAUAAACAUAGAUUGCUAGCUUGUGGACAAAGUCAUUUGCAUGAUGAGCGUAAUUCUUCAUCACUUAUACAGCAAGAAAUGUUACCCAUCCAGCAGGAAGUAGUUCCUUACUCUUCAGCUUCCCCAAGUCCCCAUGCAAACAUUACAGAGAUGACUCAUAGAACUCCAUCUGUAUCCAGUGAGCAGGUAUCACCUUCAGAUGAUGAACAGCUGGUGUCCUAUAGAUCUUGCAGUGUGGAGGAGUUUUUUCCUGAGGAACACAGCUGCUCCUGUCAGACAGGAAGUCACAGUAUGGGUGAAGUAUGGAAGUGCCACUGCUUUGAGACACAUUGUCUCUGCAGUGAGGGAGAGAUAGUAGUGGAUGACACUCUACGUAGAGGUCAGCAUGUAAGCAGGAAACAACAUACAAGCAGAACACUGAUUGUUAACGGCAUCAUAAUUCAUUCAAAUGUGCCUAUUCAAGAUGUUUUUGAUGCUUCAGAGGGAACAAACAGCUCUUUGCCCAGUGCCGGUGCAGCAGCAAUGGAUGCUGCAGUGCAGCACCCAAGGAAGAGUCAAGGUCCAUGUGAUCAGUCAUGUGUGGAAUGCAACAGUCGCAGUGAAGGAGAGCUGAGUGAAGGACAAGUUAUAAUAUGGCAGCAGUAACGAUGUUCAUAAGACAAUGAUAGCAGACAGCUAUACUGCAAAGUAUUGUGCACAGCAGAAAUGACAGAAUCACAGAAAAUUUUGGAAUUAAAAAUAUAGCAAAUGGGAAAUAUGUUUUUGAAUUUGUAUGUCACUCUUUUGUGAUCUGAAUUCCCUUGAUAAUUUCAACCAUUUGAAAGGUCUAUGGUCCAUUGUUGCUAUACACUAACCUUUCUGGGUACAGACACCGAAGUAAGAGUCAGUAGGUAUCUUCUGCAAGAUAUUCUAAGAUGUAAAGAGAGCAUUUCCUGCUUUCUGUUGAUUUGAAAUAAAUGAAAGUGGUGAUGAAUGGAAAGUGAGUGAAGGACAGUAUCAUCGUUUGAGAGGAUCGGUUUCAUUUUACUAAUAUUUUAAAGGCUUGUUCUGACUCUCAGAAAGACAACUGGAGCUCCACUAAAAUCGGUAUAUAAAAGGUGUUGAGGAAAUUCAGAUAAUUUAUUCAGUGAAUGAUAUAAAACCCAUAGAUGCAUUUUGUGUUUAAAGUAAUAAGUUUUUUGGUCAAAGAGAAAUAAUCCACAUGACAAGAAGAUCUGUAAAGGUUUUGCAUAUAAAGAAAAGAUCAGCUAUGCAGUAUUUAGUGGAAUUAUUCUUAAAUCUCCUUUGGUCCAAAUUCUUCCUGGGUAUUAUAAUCUCAGUGUGUGAAAAUGUUAAGAGUGUAUCAUCCUGUACUUCUGGUUUCAAGUUUUCAGCAUUCUUCACGUAUUUCUGAACUUCAGAAACAAUCUUUAUAAACUUUUGUGCCUUAACAGUGAUGUUAUUUUCUCAGGAAUAUGUAAAUAUUCAUAUCAUGUUACAUGUUUAAUAAAGACUCCAUGUUAUCCAACUGAAAA